GAAAUGAACCUCCAACUCAUUUGAGUCGCUAUGCGUCAAUACUUAAAACAAAUUUACAUUCUUAAUCCUGUGUACCUAAGUUGCGUGCCUUUCUUAGUAUUUCACAGUCCGUGGUUGUAUUUGAUUAACGUUUUAUUAAAAUGUAUGGAUUUCAGCAAGCAAAGGCACGCAACAACAAAGAAUGCAUAGGUUAAUUUAAACAUUUUGCACCGAGUGAGGUGUUCCUUCGCCAUUUUAGCUGCCAGACAUCUUGCAUUUCCCAACAUCUUUGCAGGAGCUAGUUAUUUCUAUUCGCCUUGGCCACUUGUAGAGGUAGUUGGCAGCGCAUCACACAUUGCGGCCAAAACAAAGAUGUACACACAUGCAAGAUGCAUUUCUCACUUGAUAUAAAACAUGGAUGUAAUAUCUUUCUGAAUAUUCUGUUUUUUUGGAGAACCAUCUGUAACCAGACACAGACAUUUUUAAGAUACUUUUUUCACUGAAACGAGAACAAAGAAAGUAUUGUCAAGGACAGAAAGGAGAAGAUGGAGGGGAAGGAGCCAAAGAAGGAACAGAAGCGGCACCAGCAGAAGCACAGCGGGCCCAAGGCGGAGAGGAAGAAGAGCAGGAAGCAGCUGGGAACUCCUGCCGGAGAUGACGAGCGCAAGAGGAACCCCAAAGCGUUUGUGGUCCAGUCAGCAAUGCGCAUGGCCAAAACCUUCCACAGAGCCCAGGACCUAAAGGCCAAGAAGCAUCACAUACCCUUGGUGGACCGCACCCCUUUAGAGCCUCUCCCGAUAGUGGUGGUGGUGGUAGGACCCCCCAAGGUGGGCAAGAGCACCCUCAUCCGCUGCCUGAUCAAAAACUUCACACGGCAGAAACUAGGGGACAUCUGCGGGCCUGUGACCAUCGUCUCUGGAAAGAAGAGGCGUCUUAACUUCAUCGAGUGUAGCAAUGACAUCAAUACAAUGAUUGACUAGGCAAAGGUUGCUGACGUGGUGCUGAUGCUCAUUAACGCCAGCUUCGGCUUUGAGAUGGAGACCUUUGAGUUCCUCAACAUCUGCCAGGUGCACGGCUUCCCGCGCAUCAUGGGCGUGCUCACCCACCUGGACUCGUUCCGCAAUAACAAGGCCCUUCGCAAGACCAAGAAGCGGCUCAAGCAUCGCUUCUGGACUGAGGUCUACCAGGGUGCCAAACUCUUCUACCUCUCCGGUAUGGUGUACGGGGAGUACCAGACCCAGGAGGUCAAGAACCUGGGCCGCUUCAUCUCCGUCAUGAAGUUCCGCCCGCUGGUGUGGCAGCAAUCUCAUCCCUACGUCGUGGCCGACCGCAUGGAGGAUUUGACGGACCCUGAGAUGGUGAGGGUGGACCCCAAGUGUGAUCGUACUGUAUCUCUCUAUGGCUACCUGAGAGGGACAUACUUGAAGAAUAAAGGCCAGGUCCAUAUCCCUGGUGUGGGGGACUAUGCGGUGGCAGACAUCAGCUUCCUGCCAGACCCCUGCGCUCUGCCUGAAGCUCAGAAGAAGAGGGCGCUGAACGAGAAGGAGCGGCUGCUCUACGCUCCCAUGGCAGGGGUCGGGGGGGGGGUCGUGUACAAUAAGGACGCAGUGUACAUCGACCUGCCCGGCGGCCACGUCAAUCAAGAACAGGAGGAGGUCCGUCCCACCACAGAGUUGGGCCAAUCCCUCAUCGGUACACACACCACCCUGGAUGCCAAGAUGGCCGCCAGCAAAGUCUCACUAUUCACAGGGGCGGCUGCCCUGACCCCCGGGGAAGUGGAGGAGGAGGAGAACGGGCUGACGUCAGGACCCCAGGAGAGCCGAGUCUGGGACCCUGAGACACAGCGAGAGAGGAGGAAGGCUGUCUUCACUGAAGAGGAAGAUGAUGACGAUGAUGACAGCGAGGGUAGCAGUGACGAAGAGGGGGAUGAGGAAGGAGAGUCUGAAGAAGAGGAUGAGGGGGAAAACAAAGGGGAAGAAGAAGAACCUGUUAUGAAGAAAGAGGCAAAGGACAGAAUUGAACCAAAAGAGAAGCAAGGAAUAAAGACCAUCCCUUCGGUGAAGAGACAGAAGAUGGAGGAAAGGAAAGUGGAGAAAGAGCCAGUGGUGGAGGUACCUGCCUUUGCAGACAGUGAGGAUGAGCUGGAAAUGAGUGAGGAGGAGGAAGGAGAAGGGGGGAAGGGAGAGCGGGAGAGUGAAGGAGAGGAAAGUGAUUCGGAGGGGGAAGACGAUGAAGAAGACGGUGCAGUGGAAAAGGGUGAUCUCAAACCAAUAGACUCGGGUCAUUGCUCGGAGGAAGAUGCGAGUGAUUCAAUAGAAGAUGACUGUGAAACCAAUGUCUCGGGCAAAGAAAGCAAGAAGUCAAAUGCCACCUCCAAAAUGGAAGAGGAAGAUGAGGAGAUGGAGGGAGGAGAGCUGUGGUAUGAAAGUGCAGGGGCACUGCGGUGGAAGGAGGGUCUGCAACAGAAAGCGUCAGAGGCGUUUCUACGGCAACAGCGCGCCGCCCCCAACCUGCGUAAACUGGUGUACGGCACAGUGGCAGAGGAUGAUCGUGAUGGGGAGGAGGAUGAAGAGGAGCUGGGAGGGCUGUUUCGAGUCAGCCGCCCCGAGAAGGGCAAGAAGCAUCGUGCGGAUGGUGUGGACUGCUCCCGUUUUGACCCCGAUGCCGCUCGCAAUUGGGACCUGGAAGAGAUGCUGGACUCGAUACGGGGCUGUUUUGUGACGGGGAAAUGGGAAGACGAUCAAGAUGAUGCUACAUUGCUGAAAGAGGAUGAGGAGCUGUAUGGCGACUUUGAGGACUUGGAGACAGGGGCAGUGCACAAGGGGAAAGCUGGCAAGCAGAAGGACCAAGCCAAGGAAGAAAGUGAUGAUGAUGAUGAAGAGGAGGAGAAGCUGAUGAUGGUGGACAACGAGACCCAGAAGAACAAGCGUCUGGAGAAGAAACGGCGGCUGAAGGAGCGUUUCGACACGGAGUACGACGACGGAGACGCCACCUACUUUGACGACCUCAAGGAGGAGAUGCAAAAACAGGCAGAGCUGAACCGGGCUGAGUUUGAGGACGUGGAUGACGAGACACGGGUCCAGUACGAGGGCUUCCGGCCUGGCAUGUAUGUCCGUCUGGAGAUCCCCUCCCUGCCCUGCGAGUUUGUCACCAACUUUGACCCCCACUAUCCCAUCAUCUUCGGGGCUCUAGGUGCCAGCGAGGGGAAUGUAGGCUACCUGCAGAUGCGGUUAAAGAAACAUCGGUGGCACAACCGUAUCCUGAAAACACGCGACCCUCUCAUCCUGUCCCUGGGCUGGCGGCGCUUCCAGACCAUCCCCCUGUACCACUUCGAGGACCACAACGGGCGCCACCGCCUGCUCAAGUACACACCACAGCACAUGCACUGUGGUGCCACUAUCUGGGGUCCCAUCACACCUCAGGGCACUGGCUUCCUGGCUGUGCAGUCAGUCGCAGGAACUAAGACCAGUUUCCGCAUCGCAGCUACAGGAGUUGUCCUUGACUUGGACAACUCUGUGACCAUAGUCAAAAAGCUCAAGCUGAUUGGCUACCCAUACAAGAUCUACAAGAACACAUCCUUCAUCAAGGGGAUGUUCAACACCGUGCUGGAGGUGGCGAAAUUCGAAGGGGCUUCCAUCCGAACUGUCAGUGGGGUCAGAGGUCAAAUUAAGAAGGCCCUGUCAACGCCGGCGGGAGCCUACAGAGCCACGUUCGAAGACAGGCUGCUGAUGAGUGACAUUGUGUUCCUGCGCUCCUGGUACCCGGUGUCAGUCCCUCAGCUCUACAACCCCGUGACCUCCCUGCUGAUGCCAGCGGGCCAGAAGGACAGUUGGUCGGGCAUGAGGACGGUGGGCCAGCUGAAACACGACCUGGGGGUCCGCAACAAGCCCAACACAGACUCACUGUACAAGCCGGUGGUGCGAGCGCAGCGCCACUUCAAGAAGCUGCACAUCCCCCGGGAGCUGCAGAAGGCAUUGCCCUUCAAGAGCAAGCCCAAACAGGACCAGCCCAAGGGUAAAAUGCCUAAAGACCUCCAGAGGCCUGCUGUCAUACGGGAGCCCCACGAGAGGAAGGUGGCGGCGCUGCUCAACGCGCUGAGCACGGUGCACAACUACAAGAGCAAGAAAGCGCACAUGGCGCAGCACACUAAGCACAAGGACUUCCUGCGGCAGCGGAGCAAGGCAGAGGAGGACAAGCUCAAGAGGCAGAAAGAGGCGAAGAAGAAGCUUUACCGUAUGAUGGGCCAGAAGGAGAAGAAGAGUCAGAGGUCCAGUCUGAAAGGGGCGCCGCAGGAUGACUGAUUUUAAAUCAAUAUGACUCUUAAAGACCAGUGUAAUAACUUUUCGGCCUACCAAUGGAUUGGAAUAACCCUGUUUAAGCAUAAUCUGUUGGGCUGCAGUGGAGUAGGGAGAAAUUGCCCCUAGAUGCUGAUCUCGGGUCAGUUUAGCAUUUUCCCCGCUAAUGGUUAGUGAUAUUUUGGCAAUUAAGCCUAUUGUUUACUUCCCUAGUCAGAGAAACUCAUUCAUGGAUACCAUUUCUAUGUCUCUGCAUACAGUAUGAAGGAAGGAUUGGGGAGGGGAAGCUGAUCCUAGAUCGGUACCUAGGCGAGUCUUCACCCAGAGCGUCUUCAGUACUGGGGUAGGAGUGUAAAUGCAAGGAAUGGAUGAACAUCCUUCAGCUUCUGUAGCCUGGUUGUGUAAUGUGGUUUUUCAACCCCAGUUAUUGACACCUCAUUUCAAGUGGUUCCAUAGAGGAACCAGAAAGAACUGUAUAUUAGUCAUAUCUCUACCACUCGUCUAGCUUCAAUCUUGUGUGGUGAUUUAAUAAAAAUAACAAAGAUAUUACAAAACUGUGAGUACCUUAACUCUAAAAGAGCAUAGAAGUAAAGUAAGUGUAAUUCUAUAAUCUAUUUUGAUCGAGUAGAAGUUUCAUAAUGGCUAGGUUGUUUCAAAUGCACUGAUAAGUGGAAGCACAUGGCAUUUCAGCAACUUUGAAGUUGUGCCUGUCAGAGCGAACUCAUCAUGGAUAUAACCCAUUUUAGCAUGGACAUUUUCAUUGAGGACUACCACCAUUUUACCAAGUAGUCAACUGGGUGGGAUUCAUCCACAAAUGAAUAAAAAUGUACUACUUUAAAAUGGAGAUGGUCACAAUGGCGCUGCCCAUGCAGUCAGACGCUAUACGGCCCCACAUUUGAGGUGUCAUAAUACCCUAGUGGUCUAACAGGGUAAUGGUAAUUGUUUUUCCACCAUUCAUUUUUCCCAUAAGGAAUUUUAGAAACACUUGUGUAGGCUUAACCUGGUCGGACGUUUUGAUAUCAUGCAAGGUGAUUUAUCAAUAUAUUCGGCUCUAUUUACUCAUUCUAAAAUGCUAAUUAGACAUCAUGCAAGACUAAAAAUCCCUGCAAGAGGCUGCACGUCAUCUCUAGCUGACAUCUUUGCUAACAGGUAUUGUGUCAAUUUAAAACUUGCACAAGACAGCUCACAGAAGUGUCAAUUGUGAAGACAUGUAUUCAUUACUAAAUGUAGCUAACAUUAGAUAGUUAAUCCAGAGAUUCUUACUUUUGCCACUGUUCGGCAGUCUCGUUCAGAUCAUCGUGGCAUUUAGUUCUUUAUGAUGGCCACAUUAGUGUUUAAAUUCUAAUAUAUUAAUAAAAGCCACCUUGUCCUAGACUUGAGAGAUUUACAUGAUUAUCAAAAUGUCACUCCAGGAUAAACCUACAUGAAACACGGCCGUUAUUAUUUUCUAAAACCCCUAUGGGGGAAAAUGAAUGGUCGAAAAGCGAUUGGAACCAUUUCCUUGUUUGACCGCUAGGUUUUAUGGGUAUGAAGACUCAACCUGGGGUACUUUAAAGUCAGAUACAAAAGAGUCCUCUGUCUCUAUGGCCUGUUGUCACACAUCUGCCCUCUCAUUGGCUACAAUCGUCCCACCUGAUCUCGCUUCCUCCCACCUGCCUUCCAUCUUUGAGAACAUGUAUUAUCAUUGUUAGUGGUCACUCGAAUAUAGAUUAAAACAGGCUAAGGAGAUCUUAUAUGUUUUUGUUCUGAGAUAGUCAGUUAACAUGACCAUAAUGAAUGCCUUUUGUGCUUGUUGUGAUUACAUUGAAUGCUUCAAAGUUCAAAAAGUGAUGUUAGCUAAUGAACAUGAUCUCAUAGAAUAAAACGUGUAAAAUCGAAGCCUGUGUUUACGGCAGACUUUUUCACUGUUUAUCUAAAAAUAUAUAUAUAUAUAUAUACGCUGCUCAAAAAAAUAAAGGGAACACUAAAAUAACA